AUGUCUGCCAAACUGCUGUCUUCUCUUGUUCAGACGAAGUCAAUCGAGUUCGUUUUGGCGCCAAUUGCCUCUCAGGUUGGUUAAUUUGUUGAUCGAAGAUGAUUUGCAUGCUGGAUUAAUUCCUGGGAGAAGUAUAAUUUUGAUUUUUUCAAAUCGACUGCGCUUCUUACAAUGUACAGUAAGUAUAACCCACCAUGCUUCGUGGAAUAUUCUUCUUCUGACUCCAUGAAUUAGAUUGCGGAGGUCACGGAAGUGGCUGAAAGGAAAUUGUUCAGGAAAACUGAUUUCUAAUUCCAUUGGAAACAUUAUUCGCGUUACUUUAUCCGCUGCAAGCAAUGACUUAUUUAGAGAUUCUUGCGAAGCGAUUUGCUGUAGAAGCUAAGCAGUAUGAUUCCGGUAUGGUAGUAGAAUGAAUGUCUUAUUAGUGACUUUUUAACUCUGUUAGGAAUAUGGUAUGGUUUAAAAUGAAUUUGAGGCGAGAAUGGUAUUAAAUUAACCUUAGUACUUUGAUUUGCUCUUUGUAUUUUGCCUCUGGUACAAAUAAAAUUUUGUAUUUUGGCAUACUGGCUCAUUUAGCUGGAGCUUAUUCCAGUUUCCAUGGAGCAUGAAGCAGCAAGGAGUAUCACUACUCCCUCCUGGAUGGGAUGCUAGUUUAUCACAAAGUUAUCCCCUAGCAUUUCAUCAGGCUUCCCUGCCAGUUCCCAAUUAUACCUCCUGGGUGGAGAGAGGCAUGGGGAGAGUAAAGUGUCUCACUAAAGAACACAACACAUUGACCCAGCCAGGCCUUGAACCCAGACCUCUUGACCAGGAGCACAAUGCACUGACCAUUAAGCCAUUGGGUCUCCCUACUGGUACAUGUGCUUCAUCCUUAACCCUUUACACCCUAACAUCAGUACACAUAUUCUCCAUACUGUUCUUUACACAUUUCCUAAGGUACCAACAAGGAUAAUUUUUUUAACAAUCCAGAGCUUUUUUAGUUGUUGAUGAUUUCCUUUAUUCUCGUGACCUAAAUGUGUGACUCAAGGGUGAUACUGUGAUGAGUAAGUAGAUGCUAGUCACUCUCAGGGAUCAAAGGGUUAAACUAAGAAAAAUAGAUAUCCUACAAAGUUUCAACAUGAUUAAGUUAACAACAUACUAAACAAUGUAACACAUCAGGGAGUGUCUGGUAAAGGUAAAAACUGUAUGAACAGUCCCCUCUAAUAACAGCAAUAAACCUGUGCUCAAAAGUUAUGUAUAAAAGAGAGUAACCAAAAAUAACACAGGGGAGAUUGUAAGGGACAGCAGCAAAACAGCAAUGGUACAGGAAUGAGCAGCAUAAGGUGAAAAAUGCACAAGUCAAGGAAGAAACUGGUGCCAACCUUCUCUUCCUUCCUGUGCUAAUUACAGUGCAAAUUAAUCAUUAAGCAUUAUUUUCUGUAUAAAACAGGAAGGGUUACUAUUUGUAUUAGAUGCAUUAUUCUUAAUAAUCUUCAGGUGUCUCAGGUGAUUUUGUUGAAUGAGGCAGCACAAAGGGAUGGUGUUCCUUUGCCAGACUUGGUUUCCAGUGCCCAGCAGAUCAGGGAGGCCAUCAAGAGCCUUGUACUGGCUGCUCAAGCAUUGGUCUCUGAAACAACAGAUGAUGUAAGUUGUAUAUUGAACAGGCCUUCUGAAAAGAUACAUUCAUUUUUUUCUUUUCAAUAUCUGUAGGUAGCUUAGUAAUACUCCAGUCUUCAGAGAUUCUUUUUAUAAAUGUUAUGUUUUGAAAACUGAAUUAGCACAGAUCAGAGAGAAAAAUUGUAGUAAAUGUGUUCUUAUGAUGAUGGGAAGUGAGGUUAGAAAAUCAAUUUUUGGUAACUUUGAGCUCUUGGAAAAAAUGAGCACUGUAUUAGUGAUUGUGUCAUGGUCACUUAGGUGCAAACCUUUAAAUUUUAACUGAUCAGGCAAAUAGGGAAUCCAAUAAGUAAUGUUUGCCAAAUGUAACAUUAAGAACUUUGUUAGAAGUUUGAACUUGUGCACUUGGUUGCUUAAUUCCCAUUGAAAUACAAAACAUUAUUCCCGUAAUUUCCGGUCGAUUACCCGCGGGUAAUCUGUUGAUUUUGCAUUAAAUCCGCGCCACUGCGGGUAAUAGGGAGGUGCGGGUUAUGUGACAAUUUUAAAUUCUUCUGGAAGUUGAAUUGAAAAAAUUUCUCACCUACCUGCGUUUCCACCUCUCAAAUGAAUUUUAUUGUAUCAAAAGUGCCACAAAGCGGCACGAAAACAUGAUGCCAACUCGAGUUUAUUUCACGCAUAAUUAGUUGCGUGACAAACAAAUUUUUAUCGGCACGCGUGAAAACAAAACCUUGAUGGUGACAAAAAUAAUCCAAGGAUAUCCGGCGCAUCAGUAACAAAUUUCCAGUUUUCACUAGCUUGAGCUAAAGAGAAUUUUCCCGUUUUAAGGGACUUGUUAGGCCUAGUAGAACAGGAGAUAUCGAUUUUUUGAGAAAUUGCCGACAGUUAUUUUAAAUCCCAAAUGCAUCACCAGAAUGUUGAAAAUAAUAGGUGCGAAACUUAACUAAUUUCGCGCUGAAAAAGUAUUUUAACGACAAAUGAACAAUGGAUAUUGCUCAUUACGCUCCUACAUGCUAUAAAAAGGUAACUGACUGAAUAAGAAUUAUAAACCUCGAUCAUUCGCGAUAAGUGUAUCUACGAGUCACCAAUUAAGUUAAAAUGCCUGCUGUGAAACGCCCACGUCACAGUUUUACGUUUGAUUAUAAGCUUAGAGUAAUAACUCUUGCCGAUGAAAUCGGUAAUAGAGCAGCAGCAAUAAUCAAUCAAUAAAGUAUAAGCUAAUAUUGACACAGAAUUGUGCACAUGUCUGAAUCGAAAGACUGAAAUGUAUCGCCUUAAUGUCACGUUUUCGCCACCGAAAAAGUUGAAUAACAACGUGCGGGUUAUCCACCGGUGCGGGUAAUCCGUUGACUUUUUUUUUCGCCGUAUGCAAUAAUCGGCCGGUGCGGGUAAUCGGCCGUGCGGGUAAUCGACCGGAAAUUACGGUACCGGUAUUAUAGUGACAGAUGGCAAAAUUUCCGAUCUGCAUAAGACAUAUCUAGGGGGCCCAAGUUAUCAGUCAUGUUUUAAACCUCUAAUUGGUGAAAUUGAUUUUAAAGUUUAAGUUAAAACAAUGCAAAAAAGAUUUUUGUAAUGAGAGACUAGUUGUCAAGACUUGGUAAAAUUUGCAAUGGACCUCUAAGUGUUUAUCAACUGUCUUAAGUUUGUUUAUUCUAGAGAUUGAAAGUUAGUCAUAAUUGGAUGAAUAUUUGAAUUGAUAUAGACUUGGUAUGGAUUAAUGAAUUGUCAAUCUUGUCUCUGAUAUUACAGGAUUUGAAAACAGAAAUGCCUCCUGCAUGUGAUUCUGUAACACAAGCAGGGGAUGCAUUGUUGAAGGCAACACAUCAGCUUAAACAGCAGCCAUUCUCAAGCAAAGUGAGGUACAACCUGGUAGACUCUGCAAGAAAUAUCCUUGAAGGAACUAUGAAGGUGAAUUUAACAUUUAACUUUAUUUUUUACACGUUCACAAGACUCUGAAUCAAAGAGUGACUGGAGUGAACCCUGAUUGGGUCAUUGCGUGGUGGCUUCUGACAAAACACUAAUCUCUUACAGUGCCUCUCUCCAUCAAGGAGUAUGACUGCAAACUAUAAGAAAAAGCUGGCUAAAUGUCAGUGGAUAACCCUGCGAUGGAUAAUAAAACCUGUAUGGAUUAAAUUGAUGAACAUUGCUCAAGAGUCUUAAAAGGAUAUCAUGCAAUAGUUUCAAUAUUGAAUUUAAUUACCAUCCUUGUUAACCUGUACACUAUAUGUACACCAAUGGUUUUAUCACAGGUUUGCACAGUAGUGUAGUUUAGUAAGGUGUUUAUAGUGUAUCUUUUAAUGUAAAUCUUUCAAAACAGAUCUUGCUUGUAUAUGAUCAAGCUGAGGUGCGCAAGAUUGUACAAGCAGCCCACUGGGUAAUGGACAGACUUGCACUAGUAGAGGGUGUCACUUCCAUGAGGAGCCUGGUCAUUAAUUUCAAGGUAAUUACCAGUACUAGUAGUUAUAGGAGUGCUAUCACGAUGAAGAACUAGGAUUUUAUAGAAUAGUUUCAAUACCUGUUCAUGUGUGCCCACCUAAUUUGGAAAGUAUUUUAAUAUUGUGUAUUAUUUCUGAGUUUUAGGACUUCACAGAGUCUUUGAUGCUCCUGGCAAGCAUGUGCAACAAAAGGCAGAAAGUAGGUACCCUUCAUAUAUACUGUAGUUACAAGUCUGAAUCAAUUUGAGAGAGAGUGUGACAGGGUUUGUUUGGUUUUUUUCUUCAGUCUAUUUCUCCCCUAUUGCUAUGGAUUUUUUUUUUUUUAAGAACAAAGGUGCUGUGAAAAUAUUUAACUUCCCUCUCUCAGUUUUUAUAAUAUUGCACAUUCAAUAAAGAGGUCUUGCAAUUAUUUUUACUUAUGAAUAAAGGGGUAAGUUUCUAAAGAAACUGUGGUGCUGUGUCGGUGGGAGAGUAUAGCAGGUAAUUUAGUGUUAACAACUGGGUUGAAAACAUAAAUUAGCCACUGUAAAGGGUAAAAAAGCUGACGUUUCAAGCGUUAGCCCUUCGUCAGAGCGAUUAGAGGAAUUGUGGGUUGUGUGUGGAUUUAUAUGCAGAAAGUGUGGCUAUGCUAUUGGUGGGAAUAUGGUGACGAGAAAACAGGAAUAAAUUAGUUAAUGAAAAGCGCGCGUUGAUUCCGUGGGGAUUAAGGGUGCCGAUUUGGAAUAUAAAUUUUUGUUCUAGUGUUUUACGGCUUUCCGAACUGCCUAGAUGUAAGGAAAGGCCGCAAACUGCCAUAUGCUGCUUAGAAUGAUUAGGAAGAUUAAAAGUGUCUAGCGACUGGUUUGGAUGCGUCCUUGUCAUUUCUUUCCACAUCGCAAAGGUGUUCUCGGAAUCAGUCACCCAGUCGUCUUCCUGUUUCGCCGAUGUAUAACUUAUUGCAAUAAGUGCAAGUUAUGCAGUAAAUAACAUUGGCGGAGGUAUACGUAAAGUUAUCAAUGAUCUUAAUGAAUUUUUUAGGUCCUGAUAUUUUCUCUACGUUGUGAAUGAAAGGACAAGUUUUGCAUCGUGAGCAAGCGCAUUUAAAAGUUCCAGAUUGGUCAUUGGUUUGAAAUGAACUCCUGACUAAAAAGUUGCCUAUGUUUUUGUCACGUUUGAAUGAAAUAAGUGGGGGUUGCGAAAAGAUAGUGCCAGUCUCUGAAUCGUUUUGGAGUAAUUUAAAAUUUUUAAGAAUGAUAGAUUUAACUGCGUGGUUGUGAGGGUGAAAUGUAAGAGAAAAUGGAAUGCAGUCAGUAUUUUCCUUCUCGGCCAUUUGUAGUGCUGACUGUUGAUCAGUUUGUUGGGUGCGGUGGUAGCCUGCUUGAACGACAGAAACAGGAUAGCCAUGUUUAUCGAAAAACUGGCACAUUGCCUCUGAUUUUUUGGAAAAAUCAGAGUCGUCACUACAUAAAUGACAAAGUUUUUACUUUUUUACUUAUGUUCAGUUUUAGAAAACUUAAAGAAAAUCUUUACACUGUGAGAAAGCAUCAAUUUGGUUGUCAGGUUGGCCAAGAGCCAUAUCAAUUUUACCCAGGUCUGAGCUAAAAACUACUCUUCUCAGACAAGUGCACAGGCUAGAUUUUGUGUCUUUGAAUGAUAAAGUCAUAGUAUGUGUACAAUAGUGUUGUUUGUUAUGUACUUAGGAGCUGAGUAACCCUCGUCACAGAGACAGACUCUUGUCAGCCAUGAUGGUUCUAAAGAAGUCUGUUGGACUGCUAUCAGCAUCCAUGCAGACAUAUCUAAUCAACACAGCCAAUCUUCAAGCCAAGGUAUCAAGAGAAGUUUUUUAUAGAUGGUGGAAAUUUGGUCUAUCAAACUUCUUUAUAACAUAAUUAGAUAUCAUCCAAAAUUGAAAGAUGACAUUUUUGGACUCAAUGACACAGGGAUAUUUUGAAUCCUACAGGGUUACAGCCACCCAGGUAAAUGAUUUAGAUCUAGGUUUCAGCUGCAAAAAUGAGAAAGAGGGUUGUGAAGGAGAAAUUUAGAUAUGGUGCUCAUGAGCUUUAUUUUAACACCAGCAAACUAGAAAUUCCCUUUGGUUGAGAACACUUAAUAUAGAAUAUGAUAAUUAUUUGAUAUACAUUCUUUUAAAUCAUGUACACGUAUCCAUGGUAAUAGUAAACCAUUACAUCUCAGAUCUCUGCAUUGGUGGUCAAUUAUUUCAUUUAAUUUGAGCUCUUUUAAAUUUUUUUUUUUGAUUUUAAAAAGUGUGGUGUUAAAACCAACAAUGUCUCUGAACUGAUAUUUUUCUUUCUUUUGUUCUCCUUUAUGCUGGAAAAUAUAUCCAUAAUGAAGGAAAAAUUCCCUUUUGGCCACCCCAAGGAGUGAGGUGGUUAAGAUGUAAAAUGUAGGGUAUUCUCAUCUGUUGGUAACAUACUUGCUUAGCUUAACCCUUUAACUCCCAACAUCUGAUUGUUAAUUCUCCCCUCUAGCUGCUACACAUUUUCUUGCAAAUCAGUUAUGAGAAUUUGCUGGUAGAUCAAGACAACUUCUACCUGAUAAGUUGGAGUUUCUCAAUACCUGUUUGCAGGAUAGUGUUUGAAUAUUAUAGGAAGAAGUUCCAUGUUAAUAACCUGUGAGAUUAGCCUGUAGAUGUCCUUUGUUUGACUCUGGAUGAGAUACACAAAGCAUGAUGGAUUUACUUCUCCUGGUUACAAUACUCUCUUGGACUGUUUUUUUUUCUUCACUGUAGGCAAGCCGUGACUAUGUGGUUGGUCAAAUCAUGUUGGCGUGUACUGAAAUCAUUAAAACUGUUGAGGCUCGGGAUGAUCUUGGUUGGAGUGUUGAUGAACCUGGUUACAUGGCUGCCACACUAGAAAAGGUAUUUUUUUUGGUGACAGAACAGUCGAGAGACUGAGACAAAGACCCUUUUUGUUGCGAGGCUUUAAGUGAGCAAUGAAAGGAAGAUGGACCACAGUUGAUGUCAAUGUACAUGUACUCUGACAGUGCUAUUACUGAAACAGAAUACGGGUGGUUACUAAUUGAGUGAGAGUGCUUACUAGGGACGCUCAAUAGGGGCGCUCUUGAUUAAAUCAACCAGUAAUCCCCUAAUUGAUAUCUGUCUUUAUUCUCAUCACUUGUCUCCCUGAUAUUGUAUCGAUAUGGUAAGGAGAAAUUCUGUCUUGGUCAUUCGUUAGAGUUAAAGGGUAAACAGCCUGUGUGAGAAGUUAGAUUUUAAUUUAGUCAAAGGGUAACUUGGACAAAAGAUAAGAAUGUAGAUUUGUCUUGUUUUCACUUCAUUGUUGUUAUUAGGUUGAAAAGUUUUAGUUUCGUGAUGAUUGAAACCAAGUUCUUAAGACUGAUGCAAAGUUUUUGCUUGUUGUUUUGCCUUUUUUGGACAGGCUCAUAAGCAGCUGUCUCCUCACAGUAGGCUGGAAGCUGGUAAUGACCUUGACUCUUACCUGGAUGCUAUUGUCCGUAGUAGCAUGGGUGUAGCCAACACUUGUGAAGGAGGAAGAAGGGAUCGCAUUGUGCAGGCUUGUCAGAGUGUGAGUGUUGUUAAUUGGUAA